AAUAUAAAACGUUUCAUACAGGAAAAGGAAAAUUUCAAUAAAUGUGGCAGCUCAGUCCAUUUUGUAGUGACAUUUAUCUUCGUUUUGGAAAAAUGUUGAGAACCCACAUAAACCCUUGAGCGUAGGUGAAUUUGCAGUGGAAUUUUGCGGAUUCCCAAUCUCCAAAAACCCACAAAACCCCUUGAAAUUAAAGAGCAUGUGCGUUUUAUCUUCAAUUUCUAAGUUCGUAAGGAGAAGUACAGAGGGAGAGAGGAUUUUAGAAUGAAAAUCAAAGGGAGUGGAAGGAAGAAAAGUGCGAGCGGUUCAACGGUGGCCAUGGAUGGUGGUGAAGUCGUCCAUGGAGGCGACUCGGAUUAUGCUAAUAUGAACAGCAACAACAACAACGCCAUUAUUAGCGUUGAGCCUUCGACUUCACAUUUAUCGAAGACCCAUCAAGAACAAAACCUAGGAGAGCUUGAUGACGGCGGCGAUGGGGAGGAAGAAGAUGAACACGACGGCGAUGAGGCUGAUUUUUCUGCUCAGAGAACCAAUCUCGAUGAUGGGUUCUAUGAAAUUGAAGCAAUUCGUCGAAAACGAGUUCGUAAGGGACAGCUUCAGUACUUGAUCAAAUGGCGAGGCUGGCCGGAGACGGCUAAUACUUGGGAGCCCUUGGAGAAUCUCCAUACAUGCUCCGAUUUCAUCGACGCGUUCGAACGGAGUUUAAUGACAGGAAAGCAACGGAAGCGAAAGAGAAAACAUGGUGUUGUUCAUACUCAGACUAAGAAAAGGCAGCAGGGAGCUAACUUUUCUACUUACAAUGUCACAGAUGUUGAAAUCAGUGUUCUUGAUCAACGUCUGCCGUCUGCUCCGAUCAACAUGGCUAGCCUUACUCAUCAUUACGCUCAUUCGCAAGCGAUAGUUUGUAAUCACGAAGGAGAUAAGAAUGGAGAUGUAAUAGCUCUUGAAAGAGGCAAGAAAAUCGAUAUUGAUAACGUGGGGAAGAAUGCUACUCAACGAAAGAAAGAUGAACAUGAGUAUGAUCCGAAACUUAGUGAGCUUAAGGCAACAGUAUUAACGAACGUAGCCAUUGGCGAUAAGCUUGCAGUCAAUUUUCAAGAAGCUAGGACGAUGGAUAACAAUGGCCCGGCAGCUAGUCUUUCUAAAAGUGGCACUGUGGAAGCAACCGCUGACAAUCGGUGCAUUGGGGCUAAGAGAAGGAAGUCAGGUUCGGUUAAAAGGUUUAGACAAGAUUCAACUUUAUCUGAACUACCUGUGGCUCAAAAUGCAGAAUUGACAUUGGCUGUAGUAGAAUCCGGUGCUCAAGUAGAACCGAUUGGGGUCGAGAAUUCUGGAUAUCAUGGGGAGGGUUUCAUUCGCAAUAACAAGACCGAUGAUGCCAGAAACGAGCUGCGUAUCAUCAAGAUUAUCAAACCGUUAGGCUAUUCUGCAUCUGUGUCGAACAACAUUCAGGACGUGUUGGUAACGUUUGUGGCCAUGAGGUCUGAUGGAACCGAAGUGAUGGUCGAUAACAAGUUCCUCAAGGCUAAUAAUCCGCUACUGCUGAUCAACUUCUACGAGCAACAUCUCCGCUAUACGACUAGAUCAUGAAUAGCAAAACGAAUGAACGUAUCCUCCACCGUGGUCACGUCUCCUUCUUGCUGUGAAGAAACGAGAUAAGAAGUUCGAGGCUUAGAAUCUUAUGUAGGUAGCUACGUCGUUCCUAAGGUUUUGUAUAUAGUACCGUUGUGUCGAUCUCGUUGCAGUCAAUGCACUUGUUUAAUCUUUGAUUUCUCAAGAGUCGAGAGCAAUGGAUAGGAUUGGUUGUAACUUAAAAAGAGUCCUUAGGGAGUCGAUGCAAUCAUUGUGGAUUGCAUAUAUAUGGUCUUAUUUUUUCCCUUUUUUUGUGUGUUUUUUUGAGAAUGAUACUAUAGUAUGUUUCCUCUAGGUGUUUUUUGUUCUUUUCUAUGCUUUUGGAGACGACAUCGUGUCGAAAUUUACAUGGGAAGAGAGCGAAUUUCUGUUUCCGAGCAA